AUGAAUUCCAGUUAUUGCAACACUAUCAAAUCUUCAAGAAAAAGAGCAAUUAAAGAAACUAAAAACGAAUUGCUUAGAGGUAUUAAGAAGAUAUACAGUAACACCAGUGAUAUUGGCAAUAAUAACAUCCCGAAAAAAAACAACAAAACUGGAAAUAAUACAGCCACCGGCAUUAGUAUAAAUAACAUUAAUAACAACAUACUUGCGUUGGAUAAUAGUAAAAACACUAUCGCUUCACUUUCAAAUUAUAAUGAACACUAUAAAACUAUUGACAAAGCCGCACAUGUGCUGCAGGCGAGUAAGACCAGACCAUCGCGAACUGGUACCGAGGAAAACAAUAUACACAGCAGUAAUAAAAAUUGCUUGAAAAUAUUGGGGAAAAAAAGUUCAGCAAUACCAUUAAAAGUAGUUAUCCCUGCUCAAAAUAAUGAUUCUAGUAUCACAUACAAAACUGAGAAUAAUAUCCAAAAAUUCGAAGAUGAUUACUACGGUUUGGAAACACCUAUUUCUUCAGUAGAAACUACACCUUUGAAAAACAAGGAUUUACCGUAUAAGGCUACCAACAACAACGAUACUUCGACUUUAUUGACACCUAACAAUAUUCCUAUUGAUUUUAUAAAUUAUUACUACAAUAAUCAAAAUAGAUGUCAUAAAAUAUUUGAAAUCCCAGAGAUUUUGGAAAAGAUACUAUUGUUUGUAGGUGAUUCAACUUUGUUUUAUGGUACAACCAGUGACACUGUUAAUAUAUCCAAGAAAAAUAGCAAUUAUUUUGGAUUUAACAAUAGAAGGAAACCUGAGUCUUUUAACCAUGCGCUAUUGCAAUGUGGUGGUGAUAAAGAAAAGGCAUCCGAAUUAUAUUACAACCAUGCUAACACUUUUAGUAACAAUAAUACUCCCAAAUUAUAUUCUUGUUUAACUGUUAAUAAAUUAUGGUGCAGAAUUACAGUUUCAAUAUUGUACAGUCAGCAUUUAACGUUUAAUAACACAAAGCAAUUGGAAAAGUUUAUUACAACAAUAAAUAACCAGCCUUUAACCUUUAAAUUGCUAACAAAGGGUACAUAUAAAUUAAGGCCUGAGAGUCUAAUAUUUAACAAAUUGAAAAAUGUUAAACGUUUGAUUAUGGACAUAGAUAAUACCAAGCUACAUACAAUAGAAUUUAAUAUAUUACCCAAGUUAGUAGAAUUACCAAUGGGCUUGUUUGCACCCAACAGUUCUACUACUUUUAACACUGGUACUAAUAGGAAUGGCAUCAAAGUUUUGAAAUUGCCCGGGUGCGAAAGUAUAAAUAAUGAUAUAUUACAUUUAAUUGCCCCCAAUUUACCAAGCCUAGAAACUUUAGAUUUAAGGUCAUGUCAUAAUAUAAGUGAUGCAGGAGUAGUCAGUGUUUUGCAACAUUGUCCUAAAUUAAGACACAUUAAUUUGGGUAGAAAAAGAAAAUGUCAUAAAAUUACAGAUUUAAUAUUACAAGCAAUUAUAAAAUUCAAAUUAACUAAUUUACAAACUUUGGGAUUGGCUGGAUGUUAUAUAACAGAUUAUGGCCUGUGGAUACUGGCCAGUAAUGAAAUAGCUGUCGGCUUCGAAUUAAAAAGAUUAAGCUGUAAUGAUUGUAAGUUUUUAAGUAAUUUCGGAUUGCCAAGAAUCUUAUCUAACGGUGGAUUUCCCCAUUUACAAGUUUUAGAAAUUAGACACUUGGAAAAGUUGACCCAAUUAAAGGAAAUCUUUCAAUUUAAAUUAAAAUCAGAAUUGAAAGGCGUACCAAUAUUGGUCGAAUGUUGUGAAAGAUUAGAAAACCUAUUACAAAUUGAAAGAAACAAUUACAACGUACAGGUUACUUCAAAAUUGUUACAAGAUUUAUCAUUGUGGGCUAACGAUUGUCAAUAA